AUGGUGACUCGUAGAGGUAUAGAAGCAAACCCAGAUAAAAUGAAAGCGCUGCUGGAGAUGGAGGCCCCACAGACCAAAAAGGAGAUCCAAGUUUUGAUAGGGAGGAUAGCUUCCCUCAGCAGAUUUGUCUCCUGCUCAGGGGACAAAGGCUUACCAUUCUUCAAAGCACUACAGAAGAAGGGAGGAUUCGAAUGGGGGGAGGAGCAGGCCAAAGCCUUUGAAUUGCUCAAGCAGUACCUCAGAUCCCCUCCUCUCUUAACAAAAGCAAAGAAUGGGGAAGACCUUUACCUUUAUAUAGCAUCCACAGAAAGUGCCGUCAGUUCUGUCCUGGUUUGGGAAGAAGGCAAGAAGCAUCAACCCAUCUAUUGCACUAGCAAGGUGCUCAGUGGAGCUGAAAAGAACUACUGCAAAGCCGAAAAAGCCGCGUUCUCCAUCGUUUGUGUAGCGCGAAAAUUGAGGCCCUACUUUCAGGCUCACAAGGUAAUUGUGUUAACAAACCUACCGAUGAGACAAAUUCUACAGCGACCAGAGAGUUCGGGAAGGACGACAAAAUGGUCAAUUGAGUUAAGUGAGUUCGACAUACAAUAUCAACCAAGGCCCGUGGUCAAGGCCCAGGUGCUCGCUGAUUUUACAGCAGAAAGGUUCUCCGACUCAUCCACUAAGCUAGAUGUUUGGACACUACAUGUUGAUGGGUCAUCUAAGGCUGCUGGAGAGGGAGCUGAAUUCAUCCUUUCGGCCCCUGAUGGCACUGAAACUCUUUUUGCACUGAAGCUUGAGUUCACAGCAACCAACAACAGUGCUGAGUAUGAAGCUUUGCUAGCAGGCCUGCACUUGGCAGAAGUAUUAGGGGUGGCACAGAUCAAGGACGGAUCCUUUCCAGAAGACAACAAGGAAGCUCGGAAAGUGAGAAGGAAAGCAGCAAGGUAUACGCUGAUAGGCCGGGAGCUGUACAGACGAUCUCUAACACUGCCCUACCUUCGUUGUAUAAACGAUAAGGAAGGGACAUACGUACUAAGAGAAAUCCACGAAGGAGUGUGUGGAAACCACCUUGCCAGUAGGGCCCUAGCCCACAAAGCCAUGUGGCAGGGGUUUUACUGGCCUACAAUGAAGAAAGACGUGGUCGAGCUCGUUAAGAAAUGCGACAGAUGUCAACGAUGUGCAGCUGUGAUAGUUACAGACCACGGGAAGCAGUUCGACAACGACCGCUUCAAAAAGUUCUAUUCGGACCUAUCUAUUAAGCUCCUCUUCGCGUUAGUGGUGCACCCCCAGAGUAACGGACAGGUAGAGAACAUGAAUCGGAUGAUACUGCAUGGACUGAGGAUGCGACUCGAAUCCAUGCAAGGUAGAUGGGCAGAGGAACUCCCUUCCCUUAUAUGGGCGUACUACACCACCAAAAGAGCAGCAACAGGUGAAAUCCCUUUCAUGCUUGUUUUUGGCGCAGAGGCAGUCAUCCCAGCAGAGGAAGCAGUAGCAGCUUCUCUGGCAGGUAGUUCCUCCCUAUGA